CUUUUGUCUCAUCCUUCCAUGUGCAUCAGCAUCCGCUCCACAACCGCCACCCGCAGGAAUCUGGUGUCGUAGGGGCGCGUAGACCCAAUGACGGAAUGUCGAGGGCAACAGCUCAGCCACUUGCUGGCGAGGUCAAGGCUCCGAGCUACAACGUGCCGCUCAAGCACGUCUUACUCACGCCCAACAUCGAGGAUGCAGCCACUGCGGCGCCCGUCGCUGUGUCACUCAGACCGAAUGAUCCUUUGGCCAAACGAAUCUCAUCCACCCCAUUAUCGUCUCAGAAUGUCCUCGUCAAGAUUACGGUGCCCAAAAGGACUGGUCGAAAACGGAAGCGCGGGUCAGAUGAGCCCUUCGAAGCCAGCUCGUUACCGGUGUCCAUCCAUAGUGGCCGCACCGUCGCAGACCUCUUGCAGACGAUGCGCGACAAUCCGGAGAACCACGUCGUAGAGCCUAUCGGGAUGAUUCAUGAGACUCAUCGCUUUGAGACAAUCCCUGACUUCCAAACACGUGCGAGCGAAGUUCCAAUCUUGCGCGAGAUACGAGACCAUGCGAUGAAGCCCAAGUACGAUAGCUUCAAAGACUUCCGUAUCGAUUACAGAUUCGGAAUAGACCAAAACGUUGCAUACCCGGAUCCACCAAGUUUCAUUCCGACCGCUGAGACCUUCGACUGGCAAUACGACCAAAAGCCCGAUGACAGUGCAACACGCGGCAAACAAUACCGUGGCCGACCAAAGCUGCUACCACCUCCAUUACAAAGUGUUGCUCUUUCAUCGGAUACACUUGUCGUCCCGCAGGCUCCGCCACCUGAUUCGGCCGAGCAGAGCAGCUCAAGGAUACUCAAAGCAAUCGAUGCCGUCAGGGAGUUGUUGGAAACGCGGCCCAUCGUCACCAUGCGCGCCCUCGAUGCCAUAAUCGAGACGACCACCAUGAAAGCCAUAUCGUGGGCGGUUCGAUACUUGGGCUACUACGUCACCAGCGGACCGUGGCAAGGGGCAGUCGUGAAGUACGGCAUCGACCCCCGCUCCAAUCCACGAUAUCGCAUCUAUCAAACGCUGAACUUCACUCUGGGGCAUAAUCGCGAGAUCAAUAGCGCUUUGGGCAAGCAGGGCCACGCCAACGUGGUUAAUAGCCACAUAUUUGACGGAAAGACUCUUUUUGGCGUGGGCAGGAAUUGGCAGCUCUGUGACCUUACGGACCCCAUGAUUCAAACCCUCAUCAACUCUCCCGAAGCGAUUCGUCCUGACUGCGAUAUGGAACAACACGGCUGGCUUUACAAUGGCAUCAUCGCCAAAGUGCGCGUGAUCAUGCGGGAGAAGCUCGUGAGGAUCAUCAACGGCGCAUCAUUGCCGCAGGCCGACUACUUCAGCGUGCUCUGGCAACUGCCGAACCAGAUCGACGUCCCGGCGAAUUGGGCCACCGAAGGCUUACGAGGUUUUACAACGCGCCGCAGAUGGAGGUGCGCUGCCGCGGGCUGGCAGUGUGACUGAGGGAGAGGAUGAUGAGAUAUCUGAUGAAGAGGAUGCAGAUGAGGUAGAUCCAUCUCUAGUAUUGAACGAAGACGACGACGUCGAGGAUGAGGAGGAGGAUGUGGGCGAGGAAGAGGGUCCAGAUGUGGGCGAGAUUGAGGAAGAAGACGAAGAUGAACUUGAGGAAGAUGGCGACGACGACGAUGAAGGCGAGGAAGCA